AUGGACAAGGUUCAGAACGCCGCCAACUACGUCUCCGACACCAUCAAGGGCGCCGCCAACACCGCCUCCAAGGAAGCCAACAAGGAGGUUGCCAAGGACAACUCGGCGAGCGCCUCCACUCGCCUCUCGGCCGCCAAGGAUGCCGUGGGCGACAAGGUUGACGAGAAGAAGCACAACACGUCGGCGGACGUGAACAAGGAGGCCGCCAAGCACUAA